AUGGCGUCGUCCAUAGAAAUUGCAGAAAAAGACAGUUGCUUACUACAUUGCAUCAGCGCGAAAGAGAUAGCGAUUAGCGGCGGCAACUACCUAGGAAUCUGCCAGCCAGCCAAUACUGGCACUUCGGUGUACUGGCAUUGGCAUCCGCGUCUGCUCAGCGCUUGUACGCUGGCUCGCGAGUGUAUCAUGGCAACAAAGAUUGAAUCUGAAUAUCCACUCUCACCAACUAAUGAUGAAUCAGAUGGUGAGGAUGGUCAAGACCGUGUAGAUAACAGUGAAGAAGAGGAGCAGGAGGAUGAGAAACCAGUGAAGAAUGAUUUAGCGUAUUUAUUGAAAAAGCUUCAGUCGGCGGGUGCCCUCUUGAAGCCCAAAAAGGAAAACGAGUAUCAUUGUUUCACUUGUGACCAGGAUUUCGACGAUUGGGAGGACUUGGAGAAUCAUUUAAUCCAACACGUAUCACUGCCCUCGGUGGUACUAGACAAGCUGCCGUCAGACGAAGAAGACACGGCCCAGUCCGGAGAUGAGAAUUGGUCGGACGAAGAGGCGGUUCAGCCGCCGUUUAAGUCCGAACCAAAGAAGACGCCGCAAAAAGUCGACAUUUCCCAGAUUCUAAAGAAAACCGGCAUAAGCAUCAAAAAGAAGGGUGACACUGAUAAAAGUUCCGACGCCGCUUUAAACAAAUUAAGUGGUUUAGGUUUUACAAUAAAGAAAAAUUCUACCCCUAUAAAAAAUGAAAAGGCCGAUGAGUCCGAACUACAACAAAAUGAUUCUGAUCUCAUGCAAAAGCUGGGAAAACUCGGUGGGAUUAAGCUCAAGCUAAAGUCAGAUGGAAACAAAGCCAAUACAUUUAAAGUAAUUAAUGGCUUAAAAGAUUUCAAAGCCUCCGACGAUGAAGAUGAGGGAAGUGAUAACGAAGAUAGUAGAAACGACGAUGAAUCGGGUGAAGAUAGGGAGAAUCAGGAGGAAGAAGAACCGGAAUCUGAUGAACAGCAAUAUGUUAAUAGUCGUCGAAGUUCGAAUAAUAGUGAAUCCGGGAAGAGUAACAAGAGUGUAAAUGACAAAGUUCUUCUGGGCAAGAAAAUUAAAAAGGAGCCUGUCAAUACCACUAAAAGAGUAGGACCGGCGAGUAAGACGUCGGGCCAAGAAGGUUCUACUAAGGUACAAGGUAAAGUCUCACCCAAUGACAUACAAGCUAAAGUACCGGUUAAGGAAUAUCCCAAAACUAACACAGAAACAAAACCCGCAAAACCUUUAGGGAGACCGUCAGUGAAAAAAACGCCUAGAAGAGGAUCCAACAACCCACCCGUAAAGAUCCAAGAAUACCAGGAAACUGAAACUAAUUCAUCACCAAUAAACGAAAAUAAAAUUGAAACGCCAGAGAGACGAGAGUCGCACGACAUGAAUCCCGAAAAUGUUGUGAUAAAAAAAGAGACACAGGAACCUGCAAGCACGGAGUCGCAGUCAUCAAACGUGCCUCUGUUUUCGGGGCAAAUAAAAUCCGAAAGGACAUCGCCCGUCCCUCCUGACAGAGCGAUUACGCCUAUUAUUGCAAGGGUUAAAACAGAACCAGACUUGUCUGCCUUUUCAAAUUCUCAGCAGAGUUCGAGCUCCUCGAGAACGCCAGUUAACCCCUUACUUCCAGUAACAAAAACGGAGAAUAAUGCGAUUACGAUAAUCGAAAUAAAUGGUGAUUCGAACGAUGAGGACGAUGACGAUUGUUGCGUCGUCUCCUCAACACCAGCUCCCGAUGUAAAACCGCUCCUACCGAAAACUGAGAAUCCGACGGCUUUACCGCCACCCGCCUAUCCAGCUGCAAUGGGGUCUUCAUAUCAGACUUCUGUGCAUUCAAGUUAUAACGCAGCGUCGCUUUCUUCUUCACGACUAUCAUCAACACAGUCAACGGAAAAACAACACAACUUCGAUUGGAAUCCCCCCGACUCGAAACCUGCUAUAGAUAUAUUAGAGAAAAGCGCUGACGAAAUAUUCGAAAGUCUUCUAUCGUCCUCAACAAAGAAAGAAAGUAUGUCUAUGCUCUCUGAUGCGAGUGAAUAUGUGUCUCUGGACACGUUAGGGCCGCAGCAUUCAUGCGACGUGUGCAAUACGAGGUUUACUGAUAUAUCACUACUUGAAGAACACCGGAGGGUGACAGGUCAUUCUAAUAGUCUCGUGACCCCAUCUUCGUCCACGCUUUUACCUUAUAAUCCGGCAUCGAAUAUUCUAUCUUCAUUGUUACCGGUGAAACAGUUGGCAGAACAAGUAGGCAAGCUGUCUACCAUAGGAACUAGUAGUUCAGGGUUUACCCAUCAACAAAAUGUGAUGAUAAAUAUUCAAGCUUACCCCGGAGCAGGGGGAGUAAUGGUCCCACCACAGCCUUACAACUCGUACCCUUCAGGUCACAAUAGUCAAGCCGGGUACCCGCAAGUGCCUAAUAACAUGUAUCCUUCUCCUGGACAGACAAUGCCAGGUCAAUACUCAGGAGCAAAUUAUGGUCAGAACAACUAUGGCCAAUACCCGUCACCCAUGUCGAAGGCUGGCUAUCCAGGGGUUGUUCCCCCAAACAUUUACUCGAAUGCUUCGUCAUCAUAUUCAACUGCUUCUCCGCUUCAGAGCAUGCAGCAAUCCGUUUACGGGCAAGGUACGCCCAACCUACUUAAUCAACAACCGGUCCCGAUGGGCCCACCCGGCUCUUCGCCCAGCCAAGUAUACGGAUCAGCGCCGAGCCCCAACUCAAUGAAGCAAUCCACAAGUGGUAUUAGGAUUCAGAAUGUACAAACUUUCCCGCCUGGCCAAUUAGUCGGAGGGCCCGGACAGUCAAUGAACCCUAACCAGCCGAUCGCACCCGGUCACCAGAUGGGUCCCAACCAGCACGGCCCAGAUAUGCACUCGGGGCAGUCAGGCCCGGGGCAGAUGACGGCGCCCACGCAGAUUCGAAUGGCCGCCGGCGCCAACCUAACGGGUGCUAGGCCGAGGAUGCCGAACCUGAGAGGGCCACGGCCGUCCAUACGGCCCGGCAUACAAGUGCACGGUCAGGUCAGAGGCGGCACCAAGGUCGGGUCGCGGAUGCCGCUGAAAAGGCCCGGAACCACCAUGGGCAGUGGGCCCGUCCAGAAGAGGCGGACCGACAUUCUGCUGCCGGGCAAGCACGACAACGAGGACUGCCAAGUGAUGGCCAUGCAGAAGCAGCGCGACGGCCUACCGUUGAUCCAAAGCGUGCAGGGGGCCAAGGACAAGCUGAACAUCGGCAGUCAAAUUUCGAUAACAAAGAAGACCGUGAACAAGGAGGCCAGCGCUAUGGCGAACGUGUUGGCCUCGCGGGGCAUCAGUGUCAAGCAGAAACAAAGGAGCCGAUCGCCGUCACCCCAGCGCCCUCUGCCAAACAUACCGAACCUUGGCGCCGGCGUCAGCAUAAAGCAUUCCUCGAGAUCGAGCAGCUUCUCAAUACCGGAGGCGAAGAUCGGCGGCGGGAUGCUCUCGUGCAAGAUAUGCAAGAAGAUGUUCAUGAACUCCACUUCGCUGUCUGUGCACAUGUCCAACGCUCACCCCCAAAGCAAGAUCCCGUUAUUCAAAUGCGACGAAUGCCCGGCGUCGUACCCAAAAUCGUUGCAGCUGCAACAUCAUAAAAGGGUCUUUCACAACGUCACAGGCCCGAACAGGGAAUUGGGGCUGCCAGUUGUUGAUCUAUCACAAGAGGAUAAUUUGAAACGGCUCAGUAGUUUAGGCAUAUACAGUUUUAUCCCCCUGGCAAACCGGGAGCAGGCUAACGGUUGUUUCGGUAUACCGGUGAUAUCGGUACACAACGUGCAGAACGGUAUGACUAGCAGCCUGCAAGCGCUUGGUGCUGAUGGACUUUUAAGCCUGGGGCCUCUUAAACCCUUACCAAAUUCU